UUCAAUUAAAAAAAAUAAUGAAAAUUUGAAAAAGGAACAAUCACAAUGGACAAAAGUACGAAAGAUGACCAAAAUUUUGCGGAGGCGAGCCGGGUAUCUUUUGACGAUUUUUAUCGUUUAAUCCUGAGUGGCAACACAGAAGAAAUGGGGCGUAUCCUGACGAGCGGCGAGCAAAUCGACCUCAACACGAUCCAUACAAAAAAUGUCCACUGUCUCGAGCAGAAUGAGGUCCCCACUCUCAGAAUGCCCGUUCUCCAUCUUGCUUGCAUGUACAAACGCCUGGAGAUGGUACGUUUGUUGAUGGAGCACGGCGCGGAUCCGCUCUACCGUGACGACCGCGACCACAGGACGGCCGCCUGGGUCCUACUCAUGUACUGGAUGGUACCGGAUCUACUGAUAAACCGCCUGUCGACUGAUGACGAAGAAGUGGACGAAGUACGAAGGACUUUCAUUUUGAAUCGCAGACGACACCUGUCUAACAUUACCCGCCUUCUGGACUUGUUGCUUCAGCACUCCAAGGAUCCACAGCAGCCUAGCAUCGUCAAAGGGAGGACUUUAUUACAUUUGUGUGCCCUGAGAAAUUUAGUCAAUCCAAUCGUCCACCUGUUAAACUUUGGGGCUUUCAUUGAUCAGAGGGACCAUGACGGAUACACGCCGGCGAUGUCCGCUGCCUUUCACGGAAAUCUGGAGAGUCUGAUGGAGCUUCUUCGACUUGGAGCGAACAUUCAGGAGCAAGACAAUGCCGGGCGGAAUAUUCUACACAUCGUAGCGGGAUCAGAGAGAAUCAAUGCGUCACAAAUGGCCAUCUUACUGAAAGAGUGUCCAGAUUUGACCAAACUCUUAAACGAACAGACGUUAAAUGGGGAGACGCCUCUCCACCAGUGUGCUAUACGCGGGAAUGGCGAGAAAAUCCACCUCCUCUUGUCGAAAGGAGCGGACUGUUCGGCCAUGGACUCUGAAGGCCAAACACCCAUUUAUCUGUUGCUGAAGUUACACAGCAUCGCUUGCGUCUAUUUGGGAUUCAUUUCCUUGCUCACAGAGACCCAGCAACUGUCACUCAAAGACGCCGAGGGAAACUAUCCAAUCAAACUGAUGGAGGAUUGUCCACGUCACGUCCGGCAGAGGUUGCUGAGUUUGAGUUGCAAUCCCCCACGACUGUAUAGUAUGUGUUUACAAAGAAUGAACAAUUUACUUGCCCGACCCCAAGACGUGGCCACAGCCUCAAACAUGUACCGUGACAGCAGGAUGGUGUCUAUUGCUGACGCCCUUCAGUUAGAUUGUCCCAGGGAAAUAAUCAUGGACAUCUUGACCUACAAACACUCCUUACGGAACAAAUGGUCGCACUUUAUGUUCAGCCACAUCUGAUGCCACGAAUUACUGGACCCAAUUAUUAA